CCGCUCCCGCAGCACCGAAUCCCGCCGCCGCCGUCGCACCAGCACCACACCUCCACCACCAGCAGCACCAGCAAACCAUGACGCUCCUCGAGACCCUGAAAGAAUCACUUUCCCCGUCGUCGCCGGCGGGGACGCAACUCACGCACGAGGAAAUGUCCGCCGCGCGGCUGCCGCUCGCCUACCGCGACACGUGCGCGCACCUGCUCGUGCCGCUGAACAAGUGCCGCUACGACACGUUCUACAUGCCGUGGAAAUGCGAGGACGAGCGCCACAGCUAUGAGAAGUGCCAGUACGUCGAGUUCAAGAAGCGCGUGGCAAAGAUGGAGGAGCUCAGGGUCGAGAAGGGCGGGAGGAGUGGGUUGAACUAGCUACAUAGCGUGUCUACCACGUGUACUAUAAUGCCAUUGCGAUUGCGAUUGCGGUUGCUGCAGAUACGUACGGAACGGAUUGAUGCGCUGGUUGUGGUACACUCUCUUUACCGCUGGUGAGCUGGGGGCGCCGAAGGGAUGGGGGGACGAGUGAGGUGUGAGGUGUGAGGUGUGAGGAAUAUCCGCUACAUACGGUGCACGCUCGUCUGCGCUCUCGCGCGCCUAUCGUCAUGCGAGAUGUUUGUCUCAUCGCCUAUCGAUCCUGCGGCUGAUUGCUGGAAGACGACUCCC